GAGCCCCGCCUCCUGCCCCGACGCGGUCGCUAUGGUAACCCGUCCGGGUUUCCCAGGCUUCUGUCAGCAGUGAGGGGAGCUCUGAAGAAACGCCUUUCCUCAUCUUGCUCUAAUUGUCCCUGGCCCUCGCACCGACACUGUCACAUCCGUCCACCUCUGCUGCGGUACACCUUCAUCCCAGGAAGCAAAAUGGGAAGGAAACGUGACACAGUGCUGAUAGCCUAAGAAUCUCCCAGUGGACUUCACUUCCCAAAGGUCCCAUCAAAUAGCACUACUCUUGAGACGACCAAACCACAGCAACAGUGUACUUGUACUAAUUAUUCAUUCCUUGGUGCUGUAUUCAUGUAUCCUUACUAGCUGGAAAUCCUAAACUAAGAUCAGUGGCUCAGGCUGCUUUCGUCCUGAACUAAAGCAGGAGAGGCCUCCAGCCCAGUGUCCUACAUCUACCCUGAGCAUAGCAGGAUCAACUGCAUAUACAUCUUCAAGACAUUCCAUGUUGUUUACCAAAGGAGCUUAUGCCAAACCAGGCAAAAGCUGUUAUUAAAACUACUGACGGUUGUUGGCAACUUCAGUUUGGCCCCAACAGACUUUUGUAUUCAGCGGCUGUAUCAGAAGGGUCAGGCCUUCAAGAUUGUUCUACACAUCAAACAGCAUCAGAUCACAGCAAGGAGGAACCAUCAAACUCAGAUAGCUGCAAAUCCAAGAGUAAAAACAAUUCUUGUUUUAUGUCUGCAUCCAAGAGAAACAGACCUGUCAGUGCGCCGGUGGGUCAGUCGAGAGCAUCAGAGUCCUCUCUAAAACCGAAGUCACCCCACAAUUGCCAAGUGGGAUAUCAACGUCAACCAAGAAUCAUUAGAGUGACAGCUUACAAAAAUGGAUCUGGAACAGUCUUUGCCAACAUUGCUGCACCAACCAUCGCCUUGUUGCUGGAAGCAUGCACACACAGACUGAAUCUAAACAUGGCCGCACGACGAGUGUUCUUGGCAGAUGGCUCAGAAGCCUUUAAACCUGAAGAUAUACCCCAUGAAGCCAACGUUUACGUUUCAACAGGAGAGCCCUUUUUAGAUCCAUUCAAAAAAAUUAAAGACCAUCUGCUGCUAAUGAAGAAAGUGACUUGGACAAUGCGUGGGUUGAUGCUUCCCACUGAUGUCAAAAGACAGAAAACUAAGCCCGCACUUUCCAAAAGGAUGAAGACACGUGUUCAGAAGACCGCAGUACGAAUUCUAGUCUUUAAGAAUGGCAUGGGACAGGAUGGGCAUGAGAUUACAGUGGGAAAGGAAACAAUGAGGAAGGUUUUAGAUAUCUGCACAAUGAAAAUGAAUCUAGAUUCACCGGCCAGAUAUAUUUAUGAUAUGAGUGGUAGAAAAGUUGAAGAUAUUUCAAAAGUUCCUGUGCUUGAAAAAUGCCUGCAAGAUUCCCUCACACCUUUGCGGGGACCACUUUGGGUCUCUAAGGGAGAAGGUUUCAGCCCCUCGGGUGCUAAGAUGUACAUCCAAGGAGUUCUUGGGGCCUUGUAUCCACGAUUAAAGUCUGCAAAAAAUUAUUACAAGCAGUUGGACUUGGUCCUGAAUGAACAGAAAGCCAAGAUAACAGCAAAGGCCAUUCUUUCCAUGACACCAGAGGAAUACAAGAAGUCAAGAGAAGAUGUGAGCAUGCUGAUUGAUGAAUUGCAGACAGCUAUCAAAAGCAACAGAGGUCAUCUCGCUAAGCUUGGCCCCCAAUUACAGGCUGAGCAGGAGCAGUUCUCCUCUUAUGUCUGCCAACACAUUAAGAGCCUUCCAGCAAACACCAUUAUCCCAGGAGGCCUGCAUCUCAAGGUAUUUGAAAAUGGUAAAGACACUGGGGAGAUCUCUGUUUACAUCAGUAGAAAAGAUUUAAAGUGUGACAGCCCAGGCCAAGGUGACGAGACAAUGCAAAGAUUACUUCUCAGAAUCCAUCAACGGCUUCAAGGUUCCUCCUCCAUCAAGUCACAAGGCCUCCACUUGUCUUCAGCCCGGAUUUUCGAUGAGCAUGGUCAAGAGAUUAAGAGUCCACUGCAGCUGAAGAAUGGGCAAAAAAUUUGGCUUUCUUAUGGGAAAACGUACAGAUCUCCACUAAGCCCUGUUUUGGCUCUGACCUUUGACCGAGUGGCUGCUUUUGCCAGAGAUGGCACCACGGCUGUCUAUAAGACUGUUAAGGAUGCUGAUGCUGCUCUACUAUUUGGAUGUGAUGAUUGGACAGUUUGUGAAGGAUUUCCAGUGAACAUUAAGUGCACCAGUCAACAGAUCCCUGAUUGCUUCAGAAAGGUGGCCUUGGAGAGCCAUUUCCUACAGAACAAGGUGGAUCCCAAUAUUGUUCUUUAUGCCUCUGUUUCCAUCAGAAAGCACAGUUUCUCAAGGAAGGAAGUGAACAGCAGGAAUCAGAUGGUGUCCUGGCCUGAAGCCAGCAUGUGGCUGAUCACCAAGACUGGGAUGAUCUUGAACAGAGCGAUAACUCAAGGCUGCCUGGCUAUUGGUCAUCCAGUCAGAGUUGAGACCACCCAGGGAGCAUCACUAGAAGGAUAUAAAUUACUGCUACAGAAAAGACAUGAAGGAGAUGAGUCCCAGAAGUGGAUAUUUGGAACAGAUGGCUGUAUUUAUUCUAAGGCUUAUCCUCAGUUUGUCCUGACUUACCUGGAAGAGUUCACUGCUCUGGGGGAUAUGAGCCCAACAGGGGACCAUAUUAACCACAGAGCCUGGACCAUAUCUCAUCAAGAACAUGACAGACCCUGUGUGGAAGAGGGUUUACAAAAACAGGCCAACAGCCCUUUACUGAAGCAGCUGCCGGAACCCUCGGAUACUCACGAUGAGCCGCAAGGCUCUCUGGAGGAAACAGAGCAGCUGCCAGUGGCGCUGCUGAGGAAACUGGGAGGAAAACAUCCAAAGGCUCCUGCUCAGAGGUGGGCCAUAAAGCAUAAAGGGAUAAGAAAGCCAGGCCAGUGGAAACACUCCAAAGUUGAGAAUCCUCUGUGGAAAAAGCUCAUGUACAUGUGGCCAGUUCUUCCCAGUGGUCAGCUUAAUGAGGCAUUUGACUGGCCAAUUGAAGGUCUACUGGUGCCAAACAGCCCUCCCAUGAAGAGGCCAGCUUGUAAGACACCAGAGCAGUGUGCCCCUGUGAGACUCCGAAUUCUGAGGAAUGGAGAUAAGAAAAACAGCAGGACCCUGGUUAUGGGCCCAGACCUCUCACCAGGAUGGAAAUCACAAAAUGUUAAUGCUGAAAGGAAGGAGAAAAGCCGUGCCGCAAACUAUUCUGAAACAGAAAGAAACCAGAUUGAAUUUCACCACCUUUUAGAGAGGUGCACUGAAAUUUUAAAUUUACCCUCUGCUGCUCGGAGACUUUUCAAUGAAAAGGGGAAGGAAAUUUGUUCCGUGAAUGACCUACAGAGAGAUGAACUGGUAUAUGUUUCAUGUGGAGAACACUGGAUUAAUCCUGACCUCUCCAUUGUUCAACAAAGGAAGCAAGUCUUCCUCAGGAACCUUGAGUUUGACAUCUCCAAGAUUAAAACCUUUUGCAGCAUGUGCAAGGUGGAAGCUCUUGUUUUAGAAGUCCAAAGUGACCUUGUGUCUGGGGGCAAGCUUGCUGUGAAUAAACCUGCAGUCAUUCUUGAAGAGGAGAAGCAAGUGAAAGGACCAGAGGGGACUCAGAUGCAAAAUGUUGCUUUCACACCAGGAAAUGCUUCCAGAGACACUCUAGAUUCACAUGCGAGAGCCCAUCUCCGCAUGGAAGCCUGUUGCCGGAUGGUCAAGUAUGCUUGGCAGGACCCAUCAUACAACCUAACAGAUGGUGACAACCUUCCAAAGAAAAUGGAGAAAGAGCCCUUUGAAAAUGUGCAGCCCCAGAAGAAACACAGCCAUUUCCCAAAGCAUAGUAAAUUGCAGAAGCUACGUCAUCAGGAGUUUGAAUAUAGAAACAGGCAAAUCAUUAGCCUAGCAGCUCCUCAGCUGGUCCUGGGUGUACAAGGCUCAAAACCCCGGUCAGGCACAGAGGUCAUUUUGAUGGAGAAAAAAUCCGAUGAUGGCCACCAACACUGGACACACAAGGAAGAAAGCAGGACCUUUCACCUAAUGAGUAAUCCCGACCUUGUGCUGGCAGUGUCUAUGACCAAGGCUCAAAUCGAAGCCCGUGGCUAUCCAGUUAUCAUUCAGAAAUAUAAGCCAUGUAGCAAUGGGGCUGCCAAUCAAAAGUGGCAUUACAUGGAAAAUACAAGAACAUUUAUAGCCUUUCACAGCACUGCACUGGAUAAGGAAGUCACGGCAGCGAAUUCCUCUGGCCUUUGUACAUCAUCUGUCACUAAAGAAAACAUUGAUCAACCUGGAUACUGUUACCUCUCACCUGAUGGAAAGAAAAAAAUGAAGCUCUGCCUGGCUUGCGGACAGUCCAUGAGAGCAGAGAAGGGGCUGAAACAGCUGCUUCCAAGCUCUCCAUUCUUCUGUGUUUCGGGCUCUGAGCAGAAGUCCUUGGCACGAAGAUCUUUCAAGGUCAUCAACAUUGCCAAGGCUGAUUUAUCUACUUAUGAAGCUGAGAACACUCUAAAGUAUUAUGAAGAACGUCUGUCAUCUUUAUGGAUGAAGACACGUACAUGUACUGCUUCUCACAGUGGUAUGGUAGCUUCCUACCAAAAGGCAGUGAAAGUAAUCGCAUACAAAAAUGGGGAUGGAUAUCGGAAUGGGAAGUUAAUUGUGGCUGGAACAUUCCAUGAGCUUCUUGCAGAAUGCACAGAACGUCUUGGACUCACUAGAGCAGCCUCUAAAGUCUACGCUAGAGAUGGAACCAGCAUCCGCACCUUGCAUGGCUUGGUUCUGUGGGCUAUAGGUGAGACCCUUAGCCAGAGAGACCCCAAGGAGCAAGAGAGCAGCCCAGAGUCUGUUGGGACAGAAGAGUCAGCUGCUCAAAAUGCAGAAGAAAACUCAAGAAUGAAAAUGGAAAACAGAUUGGAUUGUUUGGAGGGCAUAGAUAAAUCUUUGCUUGCUCAGAUCCUCAAAAGUCCUAUUGCCAUUUGGGUGUCUUGUGGUGAACCAUUUCUGCCACUAAAUGCUCCACAGAACUCAAAAAAAUUAAAGAAACAAAACUGGCUAAAAACGGAUCAAAUUUUGGCUGAUUUAGACACCAUGAGACACAAGAUGCGACAGUUGAAAGGGCGGCGAGUAGCAGCAUGUCAGCCAGCCACCAUGGUUCCCACCCAAAGUCCUCUGCAGCCGGUGGUGGUCGAAGGAGGCUGGACUGAGCAGAGUCAAGAGGAAAUGAAGCUCAUGGAACUUAUAAGACAGACAGAGGCACAACUUUCUGAAGGUCAAGAACUGCAGUCCAGACGCUCUCUGAUUGCAACUCCACCCAAAGUAACCCAGCAGCAGCACAGCCUGUACCAGGCUCCCCGAGUGAAACGAGUGUGGGCUUACCAGAAUGGAGGCAGCCCUGACCGUGGUGCUUAUGCCUGGGCCAGCACCAUUUCAGAGUUGCUGGAUGACUGCACUGCUCGCUUGAAAAUGUCCCACCCAGCCAAAGUCCUGUACACCUCAAGUGGGGAGCUCAUUCAGUCAUGGGACAACAUAGAAAGGGAUAUGACUGUCUGCGUGUCUUCAAGACAUGGCUUUAUGACCUCAAAAGAAAAAAAGCGACUGGUGGAAGUCAAAGCAAAUUAUGCCAGAAUCCGAAGGCAGCAGGGCCCCGAAGCAACAGACAUUGUUUUGUCACCCUCCGUGAAGUUGCUGUCUCUCAUGCAGCUACACAACUAAUUUCAGCAAGAACUUCAUAUCUUGUACUGUAGUUUAUGGAUAUAGUUAUGUGUACAUUCACAUAUGCUCUUUAUGGCAUGCUAAUUCUUUAUCCCUUUGAACUUGUACACAGCCUCUCCUUUAUUCCCACCCCCAGCAUUGAGAUUUGAACCUAGUUGUUGAACAUAACGCUUGAUCAGUGUGCCACUGAGCUAUGCUUCCAGCUCAAAUGGUUUCUCUUAGAGGUUAUUAGUUUCCAUAUUUUAUGUGAGGUAGCAUUGGAUGCCUGAAGUCUGUUCCUGGAAAGGCAACAAAACCAGACAAAUAAUGCAAAUGGGAUUACCAUCUUAAGUGAACUUUUUUCAAGAAAAUAAAAGCACAACUCCUAGUUAUUGAAAAGUAAUUUAGAAGGAUCAAGGAACAUACAUAUAUGUAUGUUUGUUGUAUAUGUAUAUGGAUAGGAAAUUGAUAAUAAAAUGAUUCCUUGACCAAUGAA